AUGAGUUCCAUACCAAUACCCUCAGAUCAUCUACCAGACCUAGACUCUAGCGAGGUCACUUACCCAGGUUCUGUCAUAGCAGCUCCCGCGGAACCAACGAAUCCAGAAGAACUCAAGCACGAUAAAUAUCGAGAGAAUCGAAGAGGAUGGCGUCGAAUCGUUGUCAAUUUCACUCCCUCGUGGUUCACAGUGACAAUGGGCACUGGAAUCACGUCUGUUCUCCUUCAUAACCUGCCCUACCACGGCCGAUGGCUAUUCUACGUCUCUUGGACCAUACCAGUUGGCUUCGCUACUAUUAUCAACAUGAUAGUCUUUGUAUGUGUUCCAGCCUGGGGCGAUUGGGCUGCCAACUUUGCAUGGGCUCUUUGGUGGAUAGAUGUUGUCAUGGCCACUGCUUGUAGUCUUUACAUACCGCAUUGUAUCAUGCGAACAGAGGGUAUCACACUUGAUCAAGUAAACCCUUCCUGGCUCUUCCCCGUCAUUGCCGACAUCGUUGCCUCCACCUCUGGAGCCAUCGUAGCCAAUGUCCUCCCAAACGACCAACACGCCAUAUGGACCGUCAUUACAAGCUAUAUCCUCUGGGGGACUAGUGUGCCAAUGGCGAUCGUCAUUCUCGCCAUGUACUACCAUCGUCUUAUGAUUCACGACAUUCUUCCCGGCCAAGUUGCUGUAGCUUCGUUUAUAGCCAUCGGCCCUCUUGGUAUGGGCGCAGCAGCAAUCCAACUACUCGGCCAAGUCGCUCUUAAACUCUUCGCCAGAAACGACUUCAUCCCCGGGGCUCCCAUCGCGGGUCAAUUCUUCUACCUGACUGGCAUUCUCACUGCUCUUAUCUUAUGGGGGUUCGCCGUUGUGUGGCUCUUCUUUGCUCUCGCUACAAUCAUUAGACGUCGAAUCACCUUUAACCUCACUUGGUGGGCGUUUACUUUCCCCCUUGGAGUGUUUACAGUUGCGACCACGACACUUGCUCAGGAGCUUCCUUCCAAGUUCUUCAAAGUGCUGGGAACCAUAUUCUCUGUUGCCGAGUUCUUGUUGUGGGUUAUGGUGGCGUGUGGGACUAUCAAGGCGAGCCUUAACGGCCAGCUGUUCCGACCUCCACCACUAGAAGCAUGGGAGAAGAAAGCAAAUGAAGUUGAAGAGGCCGAAAAGACCAAAGAUUCACCAGUUUAG